AUGGUUCGAUUAAAUCAUGCAGCGUCGUAUUUCAUGCCUCUUUUCUGCUCGACAAGACCUUACAUAGUGGUACUCUCUGUACUGUUUAGUAUUUCGCUAUUCCUACUAUUCUAUCUAUCGUCUGAGUUACUAUUGCAUGAAUACGAUGAUCCGUUGAUGUUCAAGCCAAAUUCACAGGACUAUUUCAGAACUUUUCUCCUAGGGCUUUUUUCUCCGUUUCUUUAUUACUUCCUGAAGACUUUCCUUUUCAAUAUUAAUCAAAGGUUUUUGAUACUAAACUUAAUUGUCGAUUUCCCCAUCAAUGACGCCUUCAUGCUCAUUAUACUGAUUGGUUUGGCAUAUCCUCAGGUGCAAGACCAUGAAGGCGCCGCAAAGAAGAAUAAGGAGUGUUCCUGGCAUAUCAUCCCAAGACAAGCCUACAUCUUUGGUAUAUCAUGGGCGCUAGGGGAGUUUACCAUAUGCAUAAUAGGGAAUCUGUUCAACUACCAAGAAAUGGUUGAUCCAAAAGUAAGCAAUGGCCUAACACGUCAGGAAAGUGCCAAUGCAUACUCUAAUGACAAUAUAAACCACAACGAUGACCGUGGCUGUGGUACAGAGCACUAUCACAACUUUGUGAAAAGGAGUGAUAUUACGUUAUCCAAAUGUAUCGAAGUAAGAAAUGACUCAUCGUCAAUAUCGAAUAACGUAUACUCGUCCGAGUAUCACCCGAUCAAACCUCUGCAUUCCACAUCAUCAGCAUAUGGUAGCGUGCAACAGCAAUCACAUGAGAAUACGAACCAGCUUCAUGUACCGGAUAUCUCACAGGACGAUACGAUUAUUAUGAUGAACCCCAUCGACAAUUCAUUGAAAUUGACAACUUUAGAUUCAGAGAAUUUGGGUUUCCCUCUGAGCGAAGAAGACCCCAUCUUGAAGAAAUCCUUUGGUUAUACAUGGGCCAUCCCUAAUGACAAAUAUCCAAGUGCCACUCAUAGCUUUACGCACAUAAAGAGGUUUGUCGGAUUUUCCACGGUCUAUCAAUUUGUGAUGAACAUAUUUUUGAUGGUGUUGGUAGUCGGCAAUAACAUCAUGUUGACGAUUGGAGAAUCUUUGAUUCUAUCAAUGUAUUUUGUUUAUGUUCGCGGCCAUGAGGAAUUGUUUACACCAGUAGUAAACUAUUUUGGUUCAAGAACCAUUUCGCAUUUCAUCUUAUGUGUAAUAAUACCUUUCAUCUCCUUGAACUUCAUCCUGAAUACUAUGAUAUAUCUAAGAAGAGAAUUAGACGAUUGGUUCAAUGAUUCUCAAGGGGAAUUUGAGGAGGAGGUGGAGCAUGCUGUCAAGAAGAAAAUGGCCAUGAAUAAUGAUUAUCAACAUCCAUUAAGUGCAAACUACACUGCGGUGGAUAAUCCUGAUGUAAUAAAUGGAAUGGGGCACUUCACGUUGAAUUCUGGCCAGUUCUUGGGCGAUCCGACGUUGUACUAUGGUAAUUCCAAUAAUGAGUAUGAUAACAUGAACAAUGACUCCAUCUUAUUAAGAUUUUGUAAGAAACUAGUCAGAAUCUGGAGGGCUUUGGCAAGAAAUGAUUCAUUUGUACUCGGAGUAAUGGUUUCUUGGAGUCUAAUUGUUUUUUUAACGGGUAUCGUCUCAACAGUCUAUAUAUAG